GGUCAGGUGAAGCUCGCGGCAGCAGCAGCAGAGGGGCGGCAUGUGUGCUGUCAGGAGGGGAUGACUGAAAGCUGGUGAGGUGUGUUUGUGGUCCAGCCCUCUUUCACAGCCGCAGCCUCAUCAACAGCAGCAGCAGCAGCAGAAACAAGAGCUCAAGAUGGUAGCAGCGCACUCCUCUUCGCAUUCAUCGGAAUCUACCGAGUGGAUUAUUUGUCUGGAUAAAAGGUAAACUAUCUUCAUUCAAAUGCGCUCACCAUCUCUAUUUAACGCAUUGAGCGGAAAAACACAGAAUUUUAGACGCGAUUUCGGUUUAUUUGUGAUGUUUCAGAGCCUGGGUUAACAUUCCUUUCAUCCCCGCAGUUUUAAUUUCCCAACAGAAUUAAUUAAAUCGUGAUACCUAUGAGGAUGCUGGCUUCAUUAUUGUGUAUGGUUACCCUGUUUGGGAAAUGAGUGUGUUAAGAGCCAACAGCCCUGGACAAACUCAAUGACCAAAGAUGUGUUUGAAGUGUAAGAAGCAAGGCUGCUAACUUUCGACAUGUGUUUGAUAUGCUUUAAAUAUGCAUAAAAAAACUGUUCUCCCAAUAAACUUCUCGUGCUGUUUAAUCACACUUGGUGAUUAAAACCAGAAAUCCAUGAUCCAAACCUACUGAUGAUUUAUACUUGAACACCCAUGAGGGAUGCACAUAAUCUGCUCCAAAUCACCAUAGAGCAGUUGAUCAGGAAAAAAAGGAAAAAGCUGCAGCACACCUGCCAGAAGAGAUAUUACCCUUCCCUGCAGCUGCAAAGGCCUACUGAAAAAAGUAAGAAAACGGGGUACCUGAUACUAAUACUGAAAUGUGUUCAGAAAGGAAAAAAAAAAGAUUUCAGAUAGUUAUGAAUCAUCAUCAUCAAAUUGCGUCACUUUUAACAGGUGCAGUGUUGCACAACUGUCUGUCACAGUGUCUGUCAUCAGCUGCAGAGAACUGCGUGUUUGGUCUUGCAACAAGAUAUGCACAAGCAGCAAUCUAUUCCAUUGUUGUGAAUUUGAUAAACAUGGUAUGCUCUAAAGUUCAACAUUUUAAGUAAGAAGCAGUAUGUGUCGUAGCCAAGGUGAUACCAGACACAUAUCUGAUGUGAACUUUUAUGUUUGUGUACUGCAGAGGGAGGAAAGACAAGCCUAGCGACAAAGAAAGGGUCCAAAGUGCAUUAGCUAUAAACAGCAUAGUGACGCAGUGUGCCAGAUGUGUUUGCACAGUGAUAUCCCUUGGUUGGAUGUAGAGGCCACCUGUGUCACGCAGAUCAAACAUAUGACUCACCUUUUCCUGUCACAUACUUUAUAAAGAGCGUCAGGUGUGCAGAGAUGAGACGUCACACUGGAAAUUUCUGCAGAAUACAUGAGAAGAAAUCAUGAAAUAAAGUUUUUCACUGUUUGAGGUAUUCGUGCUUUCAUGAGCUGCCUCAAGAUGACAGUGUUUUUAGUUGACUGGCUUGAUAGACACCUUGGCUUUGAAACUCCCACUCAUUCCUCUCUUGCUUUGUUUUCCUCAGCGUGCAGCACUUGAUGAAGUGCACUGUGCUGAAAAAACGCAGUGUGGUUUGGAGGCUUUAAAACAUUAGAUGUGGCUAAAGGUGUGAUGCUCCAGUCGAUCGGACGGAGCAUUGCGCAGAGAUAGUUUAAUGCACCCACAGGGAGUCGAAAGGUUUCCAGGGAACGCACCAUGCAGAGCCAUUUACUUGCAAGCUGUUGCUCAGUGCAGACCCCUCUAUUGAACUCUGUAAAUCAUUUUCUGGAGCUGUAAAGCCAGAACUCAUUUGCCUCUCUGAAUUAUUGAAACAUCUCAGUUUCAUCUUUUUGAAGGAUGGAUAUGGAUUCAGAAGUGAUGUAAGCUACUGUACAACCACCCACAUGUUACAUCAGAGGCGCGGGAUUCAGUGGAACAAAUCGAGGGGCAGUGUAUUGUGGCAACAGAGGAGUACAAAGGAUAAGACACACACUGACACAUCUGGGAGGACGUAUGAACCUGAUCACCAUUCCCUGCUUCAUAUAUGCUGGAAUCAGUGUAUUAAACAUCUAUGAAUACAGUUUCUUCAUGUAACCACUGUCAAAUUUUUGUAACUUAAAUAUUAUUUGUUUUCACACAUUCAUACCUUUGUUUAAAGAUAAGAUAAGAGGAACUUUAUUGGUUUGCAGAGGGAAAUUCAAUAACUACAGCAGAGUAUAACUGUGAAUUCAGACCUUUUUCGAAGUGCUCCAGACCUGCUUCAGGACCUCAUUUGCAGUUGUGCUGCUCUACCUGAACUAAACCUUAUUGCUUAUUUAAAAACAUGUACAUAUUUCUACUUCUGACCCUUCUUUUAUUCCUACAGACCAGCAGAGCGCUCCGGGGAAGAUGUUGACAUAAUCCUGGCCCGUCUGAAAAAUGUGAAGGCCUUUGAGAGGUUCCACCUGGGUCUGCUGCAGCAGAUCUGUCUGUGUGGUUUCUAUGAAUGUUUGGAGAAAGGAAUCACCUGUAACUACAAAAAUAAUACUCAAGCCAUACAUCUUGGAGAAAAUACAUGUUUUUGAAGGCAACAUGGAGGAUGAUUCUUUAAAAUGUGCUUGUUUUUUUAGUAUAUCGCCAGGGAGACAUUGGCACCAGCUGGUAUGCAGUCCUGUCUGGUUCACUGGAUGUCAAAGUCUCAGAGACAUCAAAUUACCAGGUAUGACUUGUAUGUUUUCUUUUUUUUUAAAUUUUUUUAUUUGUUUUUCCAUUUUUCAAAACAUUUUACAAUGCAACACAACAUGAACAUGGGGUGUUUCUGAUAUAUUUCAAUAGAUUGAGUGAUCAAGUACAAUUUAAUAUAGAGAAGAGAAGAAAAAAGAGAAAAAAAAUAUACAAAAGAAGGGCAUCGCAGGGAAAUAUGCAUUUUCCAUGGCUUCCAGAUGUCCUUGAAUUUUGAUUGUUGAAGCCUCAUUGAAAAAGUUAUUCUUUCCAUUACAUAAACAUCAUAUAUAAUGUCAUACCAUUCCUCUAUAGAUGGGAUGUCUGGCUUCAGCCGUUUCUUUGUAAUUGCUUUCCUAGCAGCCAUACUCAGCAUUCCAAACAGGCACUUAUUUUUCACACUUACAUUAGCUGAAUGUACAAACCCAAAAAGAAGUUCAUCCCAGGUAAAUGUAAUGUCAGUUCCAAAUACAGUUCUAAGUUCUGAAUAGACCUUAAGCCAGAAAGUAUUUAUUUUUGGACAUGUCCAAAACAAAUGAAAGUGAUUAGCUUCUUGAGAACGACACAUUGUCCAGCAGCUGGAGGAUCCUGUGUGGUGGCUAGAUUGAGCAGGAGUAGUACCUAAUGAGACACUUCCAGCCAAAUGACCUCCAUGUGUUUGAACUUGAUGACUUGUAUGUUUUCAUCAUUGGUUCCAACUGAAAAUGACAAACAAAAUAGAACUCCCAUAUUGAGUUGUACUUUGAACAAACAAUUCAUUGAGUUUAUUAACAUUCAGUCCGAAUCUAGAUUUUCCUCUAAUUUUGCACACCUUUCUGAAGCUCUGAAUAACACCGCUGAUUAUGCCCUGGUUGAAAUGAAUCAUUCAUGCAAAUUUUUCACUUCAGACCUUGAGCUGGUUUGAGAUGUGGGCUGAAAAGAGUAUUUUGCUCUUAACAUAAGGGGCCAUUUUAUGAUACAUUAAAAAAAUACUGCAGCUCUAAGAACCUUGGUCAGUGUUAGGAUGAGUUUCUUUAGCCAGUCAUGUCAGCCUUUAGAGUGGUGGAGCUGUGUCACUCAAAUACCUCAGAUACUUCAGUGUUAGAUUGCUGGAGCCAGGAGCCUCCGACAACCAUCCUCAACAUCUACCUUGUACCCAUGUUUUAUAUCACACAGGUCCCCAAAAUAUGUUCUGUCAUGGUAUUUCCUUCUAUGGACCCUCCAUAUGUUCACCUAAAGCUCCUUAAAAUAUGUUGUUCUUUGUUCUUACCGUACACAGAUUUUUCUUAGGGUCAACUAAAUGUCAGCAGUAUGUUUAAAAACGUAGACGACUAUAUAUACUUGAACGGUCUCAGACCAAUCUUUGUUACACUUUGUUACAUGAUGAAGCUGUAACCCAGAUCUGUAACCAGUAAAGCUUGUCAAAAUGAUCAUUUGUGUGGACCUUCCAUCUUUUAUAAGGAUUUGAACAUGGGCUAGGCAUCCUUACAGUCAGUUUGUCUGUGUGCUAACUUGAGUGAUUUCACCUCUGUUUGAAAUGUAUUCAUGUACAUAACACAAGCAUGUAAGUAAUUACUUCUUAUCAUUGAUCCAAUCUGGUUUUCACAGCAGUCUUUUGUACCUACAUUAUUUAUAUCUUUGGAGGACUGAUCUAUGUGGGGCAUCAACACUGUUUCUCCCACAGGAUGCUGUUACCAUUUGCACUCUGGGGACUGGAACAGCAUUUGGGGAGUCGAUACUGGAUAACACCCCCCGACAUGCUACCAUCGUCACGCGUGAAUUCAGUGAGCUCCUACGCAUUGAGCAAAGGGAGUUCAGGUCUCUGUGGGAUGUAAGUACCUCUGUCUGCUCCAUCUGUACUUGUAUCAGCCCACAAACAUCCUCUGGCCACAACACAGUCUGUGACACAUUUUUGACAUUUUUCAAAAAUAAGGGCUUGUAUAAAAAGAUCUAAUGAGGCUGUUGUAAAAACAGGCACCCUUUUUGCAGUUUCUGUAGUCUUAUUCUUCUUCCUUUAAACCAGAGACAGCUAAGACAUUACAUUCAAUACACACAUUUCUCAAAACAAUUAGACUUGACACAAGUUUUGGAAACGAGCCUGUUGUGAGACUCUCUUUUUCUCUAUAUUUUGGUGAUUCAAGUAUUAAAGUUAAGCUAAAUUUAGUCUGACUUUGAGGCUGCAAUCAUCUCUCAAUUAUCUCUGACAGUUUUUCUUUUUUCCAGAAACUGUGGAACGAAUACUUAAAACAGUAAACUACUAAGUGUAAACUUUACAAAUCUCCUGCAAAAUGAAGCAGCACUCACAUAAACACUGAUGUGAAAAGUUCAAAACACUAUCAUCCAAGGCUUUGUGAGGCUCUUUUUACCCGUUCAAUUCAUAUACGUGUGUGUGUGUGUAGAAAUAAGAUUUCUCUGUAGGUUUCUUUUUCCAAUUCAGCAUUUUCUACAUGUAUUUGAAACCCAACAAAUAUCACCCAUUUUACACAGUAUGACUGACAAGGUAUGAGGCCUCUUUCAUACUGGAACAUAUACAUUGAACUGUCAUUCCAGUUGAGUUUAUGCAGAAGCGACAUGAGUGAGAUGAACUGGUAAUCUGGGUGCUGCAUUUUGAAGGCUAGUGCUUUCAGGAGUGUUCUGGGGUAAAAACUGAAAUUUCUUACUUUUAAACGGGGUUAACUUUUAGCCGGGGAACAGCUGCCUGUCUUCAUGUGUACAUAUAUUAAACUAUGGCAAACUGAACUAAGCAUAAACUAAAAUGUAGGUGGGGUUUGGUGCCUAGUGCAAGUGGGGUUAUGAUUUUAAUUUGGCCUCCUAGCAGGUUUACCGCCAGCUGUCCAAUUACUUGUCUAAACUCCCCUGCUUUAUGUGUGCAGGUAUUUUACAUUGCAUUCCUCUCACUGUAACAGGGCCUGAAUGGUUUAAAUCUUUUGACCACUAGAUGGCGGAGCAGUGCUGUGCAGAGAUAUCUUUUGGUUCUACGUGUCUGCACAUGUAAAAACUGUGAGUGCUUAAUGUACAUAGUAAUUCAAGCUCAGGUCGUACAGCAACUAUCUGCACAGAGUUACAACAACAUUGAAGUGUAUUUUCAGGGUAAGAUUUAAUAAAAGUACCACGAAUUCUUGUAAGAAUAUAGAUUUAAUGCAACAAGUAACCAAAGACAAAUAGUACACUUUAUGGAGAACCCAUCCCUCCUUCCCUUGUACACUUGUUUGUGUGUAUCAAGCUGUGUAGAGGCCCCUCUCCUCUGCAGUAGCCCUCACUAUGGGCUGGAUUACUGGGAGAGAGAGACACAACCCAUUUCCUCUGGGACUGAAAGGCACAAGGGGCUGGUAAAUUUGAGCUGUGUGUCUGUGUUAGUGUUCAUCCCAUUAGCGGAGUGACUGGACACUUAACCCCGGUCUGGAUGUUUGCUGACCGUCGAGUGGAAGUGUUACAACGAUACACAUAACUACUCUGCUCCGGGGUCACCACUUCAUUCAGGUUUGUGAGGUUAAUUCAGAGAUUUAUUCGUGUCUGAUUUGGGCACAAAGACAGCUGAAACGUGUCCCCAGAUCUCCCUGGAUUUGAUUGUUUCCUGAUGUAAUUACACUGUGUAAAGUAACUUUGUGAGGAUGUAGUUUUUGUACAAAACUGUUUGAGACUGUCAUAAGCUUCCCUUAUCUCUGUAUGAAGAUGGAACAGCACUCCAAAGUCAUAUAUUUAAAAAAGUGUAGGGGCAGUUGAUUGUUUAUAUACUGUUACCUUAUAUGUUUUUCUUAAACUGUUUCAAUGAUGUAAUUUUUCAUCUUGAGACAUCUUUCUACCUCACUUGCCCUCUGAGCAACUUCUCGAACAGUGUUUUCUUUAUCUUACAUUAGAGUUCCUCUCCACAAAAAAUCAGUUUUGUUUUCUCUCUUGAUGGUGCCCCACUGUGCAAAAGUUUGACUUACUGGUUUGACUUGUAGUGAAGUUGGAGACAUGCAUAGAGAGGAUCUGGAUGAUUUUCUAUAUGUCACCCUAAAGCCAAGCCAACAAUCUACCUGCAUUAACAUCAAUACAUAGAUCCUGUGUUAUAAGAUAUGCUGAGAUGGCUUUACCUCAGAAGUUGGCCGAGCUUUAAUUGAAGGGCAAAACUCACAUAAUCAACCUGCUGACAGAUAAUCAUUACACUGAAUUUGAUUCUCGUACAACAAUUCCGAUAAAGUAUUCUGCCUGGUAACAAUGCUUAUUUUUCUCGCAGUGUUGCAGAACAAAACUAAUGUAGUAUCUUGCUGGUGUAAAAGCAUCACUUCAACCCUUGUCUCUCUGCUCAGAUGUUGUACUCUGGGGAAAAGUGCAUCCAGUUUCCCCCCCACUGAUGAAAUGAAUGAAGUUCAGCUACCUCACAUAAGUUUUAUUAGGGCUGUAAUAACCUCUGUAGUGCAUGAAUAACCUUAAGCUGCAUGAGAUCAGUAUUUUAUUGGCUUACAGCCCUGAAAAGCAGGGCAGCAGAGAGCUCCUCCUGGCACUGAUUGAUGCGAGUAGAUAUGAGGAGAUUACACAGGAGUGAGGUAUGAAACACCUUGAUUCAAGCUGAAGAGAAAGAUCUGAAACUCAGAGUUAAACACCUCCCCCUCUCCCUCCUCUUCCUCCCACAUGGAUCUGUCCUCCUGCACCCAUGGCCAUGCACUCCUACAAAAAUAUGCCAGAGAGAACCAAACAUUGCCCCAAUGAACCAAUGGAUGAUAUUGUCUAACGGAGAUGGUCCAAAUCAAUUAUUCAGUCCAUUUAUGUGUACUUGUUUUCAUAAAAUCUCUGAAAUUGUUUCAUAACUUUGAGGAUACUUAUGUUUAUACUAUAGAAAGCUCAUAUUUCUGUAUAUCUUUCUCAUCCUGUCUCUGUUUUGGUGUGUCUUGCAUGUGACUGUGGUGCACAAAAAGUAGGGAAAACCCCCUGCAUAAAUAAACGUUCAUAUACACUGCUCAUGCACGCAACUUUGAUAUUUAUUUUCUCAUACUGCUGACUGCUACGAGUGCCGGGAUCAGGCAGCCGUGUGCUGUUUGUUUAGCAGAGCAGACAUGAGCCCAGCUCAGCACACAGGAGCACGCUGACCCAGGCUUAGAUGGCCUGAUCAUCAAUUUACUCUGCUCUUUGUUUCCUGCUUCCGAUGAGCACCGUGAUUGUACAAACACAAUUUUGUUUUUUGGGUGGUAAGACAGCCCUCCAGUGGUCUCCCCAGUCUGUACACAGCCUGCACAGAGCUGUGUUCAUUACCCAACAGCCGUGGCAUUUUCGAUUAAGUGUGACAAACCGUACAACUUAAGCAUAAGUUGUGUGCAUUUCUUGUUCAUGUUUUGGCUUGAGGCAAUCUGUUGUGUGAGGAGGGGGGGAGGUUGGUGUAUCAGUGUCAUCGGUUUGCAGGAGAAUAAGCCUCUUGGGCAGCCAGUGGUGAGAGCUGAUGAACAGAAAGUGGCAGGGACGCAGUGUGCCCUCUGGUGAUUGAGGUUCGGGUACAGAGGGGUUGAAAAGAGGCCACAUAGAUCCUCCGGGGGUUCAGCAUCUAAAUACUAGGCCAUAUCCUGGGUCAUAGCCGUGGGAGUGCACAGCGGAUAUGUGCUCAGAAUGAGCAGUAAGGUAAUAUUAAACAUCACUGUUGUAUUUCCUCUGCUCAUUGCGUUGUUACAUCACUGAAAGCAUCUAAACAGUCUGAACCCUGACCAGCAAAUGAAACAGGAGUCAUGAAACAACUUCAUUUUAUCAUUAGGGGAGAGUGGGGCAAGAUGAGUCAUUUUUCAUAUUUCGGAUCACUACAUCAAGGCAAUUGUAGUUUUGUCUCUAACUAGUGUAUCUGCAUAUAUUUCAAGAUGUUGUGCAUCCCUGCAAACCAACAGAAUGAGUGUAAACAUAACUUUCUUGACAAUACAGCAUGCCAAAAAAAAGUGGUCUCCUAUGGUCAACUUACCCUGUGGGCUAAGUUGAGCCAUAUCCCUACUACCCCCCACUCUCCCCCCCAGCCCUCCCUCACCUUCUCUCUCCCUAAAUAACAGUCACUUCUUCACAUUCAUGUGUAUUUUUAUCUAUUAUACACUAUUCAGCUGGUACAAUAAUUAUUUUUAUUAUUAUUGCAUAUAACUGCUAAAAAGCUGUUUUGUAAAAAGUCAUCUUGACAUGAGAAUGUCUUUAAGUGAUUCAGAACAUUCAGAAGCUGUAUUUCUGAAAAGAAAAAGUAACACAUUUCACCAUUCUGAACUGAAACUCUGAUCCUCUCAUCAGACUUCUUUACUUUCUCAGUUGAACCACUGGCUCAACUUUCCCCAGAACUACUAUUAUGACUUUAUCAGUCCUCUGAGCUAAAAUGGUGGACUUUUAUGCUAGGUUUUUGACCUCAUGUUGUAGUGCAUAGAUACCACAAUUGAUGUAUAAAACAAAUUUUAAAUGAACUUUUUUCGUCUGAACACAAUUCUGAUAAAACUUAUGACAGACUAAAUUCACUUUCAAGAGUGAAAAAUGUUUUUUUUUUUUUUUUUUUUUGGAAAUAAAUGUCUAACCCCUUCACCCAUAUGCUUCUAACCUUCACAGACUCCAUAAAUUGAUGCCUAUCUCCUAAAUAUUUGGUCAGAUGAUCAAUUACUUUUAUCAUUUCCAAGCAACAGGGGGUGGCUCAACUUACCCUUUGGCUUAACUUACCCCACUCUCCCCUACUGGCAGAGUAAAGAAUUGAGAUCAAAUAAAAAUUUAUCAAUAGUUGGAGAGACUUUGUACAAAAACCACAGCAUGUUCUCACUCCAAAAACACCAACACGGCACAGUAGUAAAGGUUGACAAGUAAAGAAGAACGAUCCUUAAAUUAAGUCACUCAUCUGUGAAAAAACUAGUUUUCUCCUGCCUUGUUCAAAUAGUGUUUCUGCUCUGUUAAACAUACAUCUUGAGUUCAAACCACAGCAAGGACAAGCUGACUAAACUAAAUUCAGAGCAAACAAACAGUAACAGUAAAUCAAUUUCAAAUACCAAAUCAAAUUUAUUACUGGAAAGAAAUUGGAAUCUGUUUUCUCUCCAGAGUCUCUGCUUUUCUCAGUCCACCACAGAGACGUCCAAAAUGCAUUUUAUGUAAUCCUGCUGUCAAAAAUGUAGUGUCUGUUCAAUACAAGCCUUUGUUCCAUCGAAAUGAACAUGAACAAACAUAUAUGAAUCAUAAGAUGGAUUAUGGAACAUCCAGCAAAAUGCUCUAACUAAUAAUGCAGCAUCCAGGCUGUUUUGUCUAUUUUGUUGACUUUAAAUUGAGGAAUUUGACAUGAACAUUUACUGACACAUAUCUGCACAUGCUCAAUUUUAUCUCUCUUUCUUCAUUGCAUCUAAGCUUGAACCAAAGUCAGUAACAUUUUUCUUAACUUUAGGCUCCUUGCUAUCUUUUUGCAUCAAUAUGGAUAAAUAUCCUCACAAAUCUAAGCCUGUAAAUGCUCUGGAAUUGAAUGUUCUAAACAGAAUAAUAUACUUAUCUUUAAAGACAUGUUUUAUUUCCCUGAUUCACACGGGUCACUGCCUCAGGUCAGGAAAUCCAGACUUCCAUUCAUCAAGAAUACUCAUGUCCCUGAAUUAUUGAUUUAUUUUGUUUAUUAGAAUUUCAAUUCUUCACAAAUAUAAUACAUCUCAUCAACAGCAAAGAUUAAAUUCCUCUAAAAUGCCAACAUGUAGCGAGUUUAAGAUUAAGCAUUGAGCUCAUUGGCAUCUUAAACACACAACAUGACACAAUAACAUCUUUAGACAGAAGCCACAUGUAGAAGCAACCAAGCAAAGAGAGAGAAAAAUCCCAAACCUCUGAGACAAACAGCACAGCAAUGAUUAAUGUAAACAUCCUCAAAACGUGACAGAUCAUAUAUUCAAACUCCUAUACGACCAGGAUAGAUACACCUUUUUUGAAGUCUUGAUAAGCUGAUUAAUUUCCUGGUUGAAAACUGCUUAUGGAGUUCAGUGCAGCUUUGAUAGGUAACAAGGUUAAAGAUAAGACACCAGCUGCUCUCUGUCCUUGGGAGGAAGGAGCUCACUGAUAGGGAACAUGGUCCUGCUGGAAGGUACUGUCUGUGCAUCUUAGAGUUGGAUUGGAUGCUUGAAGAAAAAAAUCACAAGUACUGCUUAUGGACAGUUUCUCCCUGAAAGACAUUUUUACAAUAUUUUAAACUAAAUUUCUGGAUACGCACAGUUUCUACAUCCUGUGAGACUGACCAUUCUCUGCUUUAGCUCCUAGCCCGGUUGAAAAUGAGCAACUAUAAAAAUGUGUGCAGAUUAGAUGAGGGGUGUGUGUGUGUGAGUGUGAGAGAGAGAGAGAGGGAGAGAGAGGAGGAAAGGGAGAGACCAAGCAUGCUCUUCAGUGUGCACAGUGACUGGAGUUGAGUAAUCACCUAGCAACUGCUGCUCAGAAGAAGUCAGCAGCUGACUGACACGGUCUGCUCACGCUGCAAGCUCUCAGAGCGCUGUGCAGGCUGUGGUGAUGUACCUGCUGGAUCAUGCUGGAAGGACCAGGCUGGAUAUGACCAUGACUGAGGACUAAGAGAGAGUGGACUCACAAUUAGGCUGCAUUGGACACUGGUAGCAUCUUUAGGUAAUCUUUGACAAACUUUUUGACAACCUUACAUAUUUGGUGCAUGAGAAGCAAUGUAUAAUGGAUUGCAAUCUAAAUUUCAAAAGUAUUUCUUUCAUUUGUACUUGAAGUUUUAAGUUUUAAAUGUGUAGUCUGUCUGUUGGGGAGUAACUCUAAAGGAGCAGAAGUGAUUUGUGAUUCUUCGGAAGGUUUCCCUCCAAUUGUUUUCCCAGGUGACCUGAGGUGUGCCCGCAGGAGUUCAGAAUAAUCAGAGACUUCUCUGAGAACAGUUUGCACUCCAAGGGUUAUGUAAUAUGGGGUGAACUACUCAAAAUACAGCAGGGCAUUCAUGCACAUUGAUGCACACAAUGCAAUAAUGUGCUCAAGCGUGAAAGACUGAGGUGGGGCAUGAAGUGAGAAUGCUCCAAGAUGACUUGGAUGAUAUUUUGUUAUGACACAGAUAACACUGGAGACACCUCGAAACACUGUGUAAUGAUAGAGAUACAGCCUGUGUAUCCUGCUGCUGUUUACUCUGUAGUGACUCCACAUUUUUGAGGAGUUCAGAGAAAUUACAAUUUUUCAGAAGAACGCAGGGUUAAGAGAUAUGCAUGAGCUGCUACAGUGAAGUCAGUGUAUGUGAGCUAAUCUGCACAUCGGUUGACUGGGCUUUACUGGAGGGAAAAAUAAUGGCACAUCUGUUAGAGCAGACAUUUCUAAACUCCCCUUUUAUGUGAAGAUAAACACCAUGUGGUGGUUAAUGAGAUGCUCCUUUUCACUCAUGUACACUCGAGUUCAUUCUUUAAGUCAUGUGAACUUAAUAUGAAAUGGAAAAUAUCACUUUGACUGUUAGGAUUACAUGUAUUUCUUUCUUUUUGUAGAUAUUAUCAAAAUUUCAAUCAGUAAGUGUAAAUGUAAGUUUUUAAUUACAAAUUCAGUCAUAUUCUCAUGAUUCCACACUUAUGUGUUUACUUUAGAUUGAGCUUUAUCAAAAUUAGAGCCCAGCACAACAACUCUGGAGGAGCUGGCUGUGUUUUAUCUACAUUUAUACUUGUACAAAUGAAGAGUUCACAAGUGGACCUUUGGCCAAAAGAGUUAAAUAUCAGAACUGUAUGCUAAGGAUAAAGAUGACCUGGUACAUUUUUAAAAUGCACAGACCCACAUAUUGUUAUCUGGUCAAAUUAAGUAAGAUUAUUCCUCAGAGAAUCUUGUAAACAAGCUGGGACGUUCAGCAAUCUUGGAUUCAAGUUAAUGAUAAAAGACUGCAGCAAUUCAUGCUCAGUGACUUCUCCCUAAUUACAAAUAAUCUGAUUUACCAAAACUGUCAACACCCUCUGGACCUGUUAUUAAAUAUGUUGAAAUGCCACAGCAGCUUACAAUCAUCAAUACUUGGCUUUUGUAGACUGUAAGAAAGAAGGGAGCGCUCCUUUCAGGCUGUCUUUCGGGUCAAAGACUAAAGUUAGUUCUUAUUCCUUCAGUCGGAGAUUUGAAGCGAUUUUGUCUCUCUAUGCAUCUACCUGUCUGAUCAAACAACCUCAUUCUUAUUCUAAAAGUGUUUUUAACACCUCACAGCUACUUAGACUAAAUCCUCUUAGAGCAGCAGAUCAUAAUCUCCUUCAAAGUGAUGGUAUCAGUCUGCAAAAGUAACAGUAAUUUGUAUGAAAUAAGGUGGAAUCAGACACCAUAAGCUGUCUGACUAAACACUGUGCUGACUGUCUGAUGGCAAACUGUGAGUGCUUAUUUGAGCCAGCUGAGGGGAUUAAGAUUCAUCAGUGCUAAAACAUAGUAGGUAUAUAAUAUUAGAAAAUAAACUACAAAAAUAUGAUUGCUCUAGUACUAGUAAUAUUCAUACUUCAGGGAACCACAGGGAAGUUGUUUAUGAAUAGCACUCAGUAGUUGCUUUACAGUGAGUUGGAAGUGAGUUUUAAGGUUCAUGUUAAGCAUACUUUGCUCUAUAGAGAAAAGGAUCAUGGAUCUUUUUCUAAAAUUUUAAUUUCGUAAUUCUUUUUUUUAAUUUAAGUCAGGCAAGACCGAACAUGAUAAGUAAAGGACAACCUCAUGGAUCUUUAUUGUGAUGCUUUUUGUUCAUUUAUAACUCCACAUUGUCACAAAUCGAACAUCUCUCAAUUGAUGUGGUAAAUGAUUUGAUGCUCUAAUAAUUUUCUGGGAUUGUAAGAAUAAAGGGCAAUAAGUGAAUCAUCCAAAUGUGUCAUUUAAAGGAAUACGCAGAUAUUUGAGGGAGUUCACUUGGUAAGCUUCAGUACUCAUGCAGAGCUAAGCUAACCACCAAAUAAGGUUAAGCAGGAGCUCUCCAUCCUGAAACUUAGCGGUAGGCAUACCAAUAAUCUGAUGUUACAGUAUUUUUUAUGUCUCAUUGGACAUUGUUGCUCUAACCUCUAGCUACAACAUGAUAUUUACAAAAACUGGACUGCAACUAAUAUUAAACUUUCUAAUUAACCUGCUGCUGAUCUUCAGGAUAAAGAAAGAUUGAAUUUUAGUGUACGAUAAACACGAGCAAAAGAAGUGAGAUAAAAUUACAAGUGAAAAUUCAGCAACUUUAAGGCGAGCUAAAUGUUCUUAUAAAAACAAGGCUGCUUAUAUGAGUCAAUACAUGGCGUGUAGUGACAUCAUUACUAACAGAAUAGACAUUGAGUGCUUUUCACACACCUGACAAUAGUCCUUAUCUUUCUGUAAAGCAGCACCCCCAUCCUGCACCGUGGAAACAACUCCUCUGGGAUUGCAGCUUUAUUGACUCUGAGGGUUUGAGCUCAUUUGUUCAUGUGCUGCUCGGUUUAAGUGCUCCUCCCUAAUCCUAAAAUCCUUUAAUUGUCAACAAAGUCAGGCAGGUUUCUGAGAGGUUUCUGAAUGCUACAGUUUGGCUGCUUAAACUAACUUUGAAUAAUUAAAUCUGAUAUUUGCAUAUGCAAAAAAUCCCCCCCAUAAAGGAGGCUUUUUAAUAAUCUGAUUGGAGCAGCGGUCUGUAUCUUUUAGUAUCUUAAUGAUGGGCAGGACCAAAAGUCAACUGUCAUUUGGGAUAAAUAUUUUUAAUUAUUACAGCUUUUAAAAACGGGGGUCUCUGAGACAUCUGAACUGUUUCUUGAUUGAGAGAAAAAGCUGUGUACCUCCUAAGGGUUGCUAAAGUGAUUUACUGACUUCAGAGGGUGAAAUUGAAUUUAAAACAUGACCUCUGAGGGUACAUUACCAAGCAGGAGCAAAUGGCUCUAUAGCUCUAGCUGUUGUUGAGUCUUGCUUGGCUAAGAAAGGACAUUAGAGAAAAUUGGAUGGCCACUAAGUGGUUCAAAAUCAGCUUUUUAUUGACUGAGAGCUUAGUUGCUUUGGCACAUAAUGACUUUUGUUAGUCCUUUAACACAAAUUAAUCCUGAACCAUCCAUCUACUUGUCAUGUUGUUUAAUGCUAAUUAUAAAAAACAAAAAUUAAACUGAAGAAUCAGUGGGGACGCCUCUGUUAAAUCCAUUUUUCAAACAUGCAGAAUUAAGUAAUUUUGAGGUUUUUGCUGUAGCUGCUACAGGCCAUACCCAGUAAUUAAAACAGUGUCUAACUUCAUAGUAAUGAUUUUCAAAGUUUUAAUGAGAAUGAGUGCUGUAUAACUGAGUUAAUUGACUGGCUACUGUCACAAAAUUAUGUUUGAGUGACUUUUUUUUUUUAAAUUUUGAUAUUUCUUGAUCCUGGAGUUAAAAAUCCUUUCAGUUGAGUUAAACAGAAGAUGAGACAAUUCUUUGCUUUGUAUUAAACUAUAAUUAAACAUAAAAAAAGUACAUUUUCAGACCGAUUCCACAUACAUACUGCUGGAUGAUCUUAUGUCCAGCACUAGAGAAAUAAUAUUCACCUUUAAUGACCAUGUUCCAAGUCCAAGUUUGUUAUGUUUCGCCCCUAACAAUAAUCUGAUGUUACAGUAUUUUUUUUAUGGCUCAUUUGUCAUUGUUGCUCUAAUCUCUUGCUACAGCUUCCUGAAUAAAAACAUGACAUUUACAAGAGCACACGGCGGCAGUAUGACGCUUAUUACAUAACAUCUUUGAUGCUGUAGGGCACAGUGAUGAUAUAAUGCAUGUAAAGCUGUAAUGCCACGCUUCACUGAUAUAGUAUUUAUUGAAACAUUUAUCAACUCAUGAUUGAAGAAGAAAUGGAGGAAAGGGCAGAAGGGAGCUGAAAGGGGUGGAAGGAUUAAAGCCAGAGUUAGUUACCAGUUUAAUGAGUCACUCAAGGACCUCUUAUUCAAAUUAUAAGUAGAAAAGGAACACAUUUUAUUACUUUUUACUGGUUUUGGUUGAUUGGAUUUUGGUAAUUUUGGUACUUUUUGCAUCAGGGAGGAAUAUUCAAAGGAUGUUGUUUUAGCUCACGCUGUAUGUCCUAAUAUCUUGGAACGAGACAAUUGGUUCAAAAAUAAACUGACUGUGAAUGUCGCCGUUGAGUUACUUUACCCACAGCUGAUCCCAAGUUGUUACAUUGACCUCCCAAGGCCAAAGUGACAAAGGAAACACACAACACUGAACACACAACACUGAAUACACUACACUGAAUAUAGCACACUGCUGCUUUUUCAGCAGAGAUACCUCUCUGGCUGUUAAGACUGAUCCGCUCUUUUGUGUUUCUUAUUUUCUUUACAGAGAUAUCAUCAGUGCAUGGCUGGACUGCUCGCCCCACCCUAUGGUGCGAUGGAAAGUGGUUGUGGUGCUGACAGUAAGUCGCUAUUUGUUACUGAAUAUCUGUUUCUUGGUGGCCUGGACUCUGGAGUCACAUAUUCUGUUUAUAAGCCAAAGAUUUUGUGAUCACAUUCAAGGGUGCAGGUUAUAUUAGAUUUUAAACUGCUAAACGUUGAACAAAAUUUGAACUUUAAGAUCACAUUAGACUUUGACAUACCAACAUGCAAGUGGUCCCAAAUGUUCAAGAGUGUGUGUAGAUUGUUAAAGAGAUGUAUUUGAGGUGGUGUUAUAACUCCAGGGACUUACUUUCAGCUGCUCAACUCAACAUAAUAGGCUGAAAAUGGCCAAAAAUGAUGUAUUGAAAAUUGUGUAAUUUAAAACUGAAUGAAAUGUGCUUGACUAUUUCUCUGUAGCUGCUCUGUACUGAAAGAAUAGAUAUCGAGAUAAACAAGUUUGUAUAAUGACGUUCUACAAUAUUGAGGCACAACACCCAUUCUUAUUUUAUAUGAUGUAAAAUGACAGUUUUUUGUCUUAAAUCUAUUACAGUCCAACCCUCCUUUAUCUCUUUGCUUUGUGGUAAACCCUGAUACUUUUAUUUUUGCUUUUCUUUUGCAAGUUAACUCAAUAUUGACUCAGCUUUGCUUAAACAGAGCACUUAACUCACUCCAGAGUUAUCAAGCAUUAAAAUAAUAAUGCACAGCAUUGCGCAGUGAGAAAAUCCAGAGUCAGUUUGCCUACUCGUAGUAAGUUGAUUUUGUGAUGUUUGUGUAAAAAUCUUAAAAUCUAACAUUUCAAUUUGAUUUGCUACUGUGGGAUGUGUUUAAAAGUUUAUGAGUCCACAUUUACAAUUCAUCACUUACAUGUUAUGGGGCAGCUCUGAGCGAGCAGAGUACUUCUGCAGUGUACAGUACAGUACAUCAGGGAUUUACAGUAUGUACUCUUUGCAUGAAUACACCAAGACUGGGAUCAUACGAGCAUGAAGCAGCUUGAAGCUGAUGCAUUCUGCUGUACAGUGCAUCAACUGCUGCUCACUGGUUCUCACUAUGGUCAAAUAAAUUAAACAUGUUUGGAACGGUUUUCCUGAGUAAAGUAAGUGUUCUGGGCGGCCCGCAUUUUGUACAGUUACUCUCUUCAUGUAUUUAGUAUCACGCUACCUGAGCAGUAAUACAUGAUCUUCUCCAGUUUUUCAGUUAGUAAAAUGCUUCAUCAACACUCAAAAAACCCCACUGUCCUUUUUAAACUUCGGUUUAUCUUGGGUUCAUUGCUUGCAGAAAAACUGAGUUCCCAUUAAUGUGAUGAAAUCGAUGUGACACAUGAAUGAGUGGUGGUUGUGGUCACAUGGACCUGCAUAUGAGCAUCACAAAUAGGAUGAUGGACAGCUGUGGCAACUUCAUGAAAACACAAUAAUCAUGCUCAGAUUCUGCGUGGAUCAUAAGAGAAACACAGUCCAAGAGUGUGUACAAUCACGCUACUCAUCAAAAUAACAUAUUACUUUAAUCAAAUAAAUGUACUUGCUCUGGCUGGUCAAAGCAAACAUACAGAAUCAAUGAUAAGCUGGUGAACAAAGUGAAAUUCAGGUGGACACCAAAAACACAAGCUAAAUGAAAUGGAAAUAUCAAACUGACUUUAAGUAGGUAGUCAGAAACAUGACACCAAAAAAGUAUAAUGUUGCUCUUUAAGCAUUUGCUGACCCUUAAAGGGGAUGAUGUGUUGAAUAUGCAAGAGAUUAUUUCCCUCGUGAGCAGGACAGCUAACUCUAUCAAUGAAAUGUAUCCCAGUUAUCCACAUUUUAUGACUGCAAAACUCAACAAAUAGUUAUGCACAUUUCAGAUUGCUUUCUUUGUCAAUGCUUUUUAAAUAUCCGUGUAUAACCAUGAGUAAUGUGAACACUUCAACAACAUCAAAAACCAGGAAAAGUUUGCAGAUUGUUAACAUUUUAUUGGUCCAGUUUGACUUUUUCUUGAAUUAAAUCUUUACCAGCAACUGUUAAAAUUAAACCUAAAAAGACAUAAGUUUAAUGGAAUAAGAUUGUUAUUUUCUUCACCAUGUUUUCCUUCAUAAUGAAAUGGAUUUUACAGUAAAGACCACAUGUAAAAAAUGGGAAGAACAAAGUUUACAUAACAGAUUUAUUUUAUUUCUGGAGGCAUAACCUUAAGGAUAUGCAAGCCAUGUUCCAGUUUCUAGGUAUUGUGUGGAUUCAGUAUCAGUUUUGUGGUAUCAGCAGUCUGAGAGGCACCUCUAAGAAUAGCACAGUAUUUUCCCUGCAGAUACAAUUGUGACUGUGCAGCUCUGACUGAUUAUGUUAUUUGUCUUAGGGGGGGAAACAGGACAAGCUCAAAGCUCCAAACAGUGAGCGAUAACCACACCCGACUGUACAAACCCUCUGCAGGACUCUUACAUAGAAUAAAAUAUUGUAGUUACGUCACUUCACUGCUCAUUAUAGUAACAUAACCUUAGAGAGAGAGAGAGAGAGAGCAUUUUAUAGCAACUUUAUUCAUGAGAAAUCAUUGUUUUUCACUCUGAGAACUUCCCUCUGUAAGUUUUUUAUGGCUCUGCUCCCUUAAUGGUGAGCACAUGGUAGCCAAAGUUACUUGUAACAUCAGAAAGAAGACUGAUAAUUAAAUAAGCCAUUCCAAUCAGAUUCAAUCGACAGUUAAUAUGAAAAGCACUUUAUUUCUGAUUGUGAAAAGGAACAGACUGUUCAGAGGGGAAUGAAAGGAAAUAGGCACGCAUAAUCUGCCAUUAAAACCAUUUUUUUCCCAGUUAUCUUUGUCACAGAUCCCGAGUCACUUUGUAAAUACACUUUCUGUUUUCCAUUUGACAGGAAUGCCGGACAAAGAGAACAUAAGCAACAACUCAUUUGUUUCAGUCUCCAAACACCAGAAUAAGGUAUGUUUGCCUGGAACACAUGAAAUAUUUACAUGUUUUAGUGUUUACAUGAGUUAUAAAAAAAACUAGGUGAGGCCGUGUGGGGUAGACAAUGCAGGUUUAUUGGCCGGGUUCCUGUCCAGUAGAGUGUUACAGUAAGUGAACUUUAAACUAAACUCAAACUUUAGCUAUAACUCGUCUCUACUACCCUGAAGUGACAGCAGCCUUUGCAGUUACACAACUCUCCAGCAGAUGAUGGGAAUAAGUUUAGGAUGUGACGUUUGGGUAAACUGGUCCAAAUAUAAACAGCAUGACCGCAGUUUUUGUCUCCAUCCUUAACAGUUCCUGCCCCACCUUUCACCUCCUGUCGCUGUUUCCUGACCUCUGGUUUGAUAACAUGGCACUGCGGCAGAUUUAUGGUGCCCUGUGCUUUAUGUGCGGAGUUUUUAUCUGUUUUGUAAAAUAACCUGCUUCAUUGUUAGAUAACAUAAAACCUUUAACUUACUGGUACAUAUAUAAAUAAAAGGUACCAAGACCCUUUUUUUUCAUACUGCUCAGGAAAGUGGGUGCUGAGCAGACUAAUUUUCUUGUGAAUAAAUAAUGAACUUGAAAGGCUUCAUGAGUGAAGCUGUUCACUGAAGUGUGCAGAAAGCAUUUUAAAUGUCAUUGCCUGGCAGCCCACCCUGUGGUCCCAGCAGGGAAAAAACACUUCACUUCCGUACAGUAAUGCACAAUAUGUGUGUCCCAUUUAACCAUCAGUCAAAAGUCUGGUUAUAGACUAUUAUUUUAACUGAGAAUCAAUAUAGAAAGCCACAAGUAUGCUUUAAAUUGACAGCUAACAAACAUUAAUUCUGUGUAAAAUGACAGCAGUGAGGAAGACAGAAGAAAAAGGUCCAUUAUUAGACCUGACUUGUUGCUGUUCUGCAUCAUCACACCUUUCAUUUGACCUCUUUUUGUCUCAUAUCCUUUAAAAAGUGUCAUCAUUGUCAUCUUUGAUUUGAUCGUUUUCAACUCCUCUUGUAUUUUCUUUCAUUUCAUUUUUUUUUGCAGAAGUCAUUCAUUGAAAGUCCAGCCAAACCUCACCUUAAAUGCAUUUCUCAGGUAGUAAACUCAUCCUCGUGUGGGGGCCAAUCAUGACUUAUUUGUGUUUGUGUGGCAGAUACUUAGACGAACUCUGACAGCCAUGACACUAAGCCUGAAUUUUUACCCUGCAGGUUCCUUCAGAUAAGAUCCUGAGGGCUGGGAAGAUCCUCCGUAAUGCCAUCCUGUCCAAGGCGCCACACAUGAUCCGAGACAGGAAGUACCAUCUGAAGACGUACAGGUAAGGAUGUGGAUGAUUAGAUUACUCACUUUAGGUUGAUUAAAAAUCCUUCAUUGGACUGUGAAAGACUAUGUUUGCAGAUUUAAAACAUAAGGACAAACAAAGUAGAUUCACUGGCACUAAUGAAAACAUUGUUGAAGUACAGAUGUUGUAGUUAAGAAAUCAAAAAGACGGGAAAACAGAAGACUCCUUUGCCUGACUGAUGAAUAGGAAUAGUGUCCAAUAACCUCAAAAUAAAGUUUACAGUACAAUAGCUCAACUUUUAAUGAAAUAUGACAUAUAGCUGUGUCUUUCCCAGGCAGUGCUGUGUGGGGACAGAGCUGGUCGACUGGCAGAUGCAGCAGAGCUCAUGUAUCCACUCUCGCAUUCAGGCUGUGGGCAUGUGGCAGGUGCUGCUCGAGGAGGGCGUCCUUAACCACGGUGAGACUCAGUGUGACGUCCGUGUCUGCUCACAUGUGUGCGAUAAGCAGAGAUUUCCAUGUUUCCAUUUUUGGUUUGUGAUUCAGUGGACCAGGAGCUGAGCUUCCAGGACAAAUAUCUUUUCUACCGUUUCCUGGAUGACGAACAGGAAGAUGCCCCUUUUCCCGGUGAGGAGGAGAGGAGGGAGAGCCAAGAGGAGCUGCCGGACACCCUGCUCCUCCUGUCACAGAUCGGACCUGAUGCCCACAUGAGGAUGAUUCUCAGGAAACAGUGGGGCUCCUCAAAAUCAAUAUCCUCUAAAACCACGUUAGAUAAAGAUGUGCAAUGUUGCUCUGACUAUAAUCACAUAUUUCUUCUAUUUCAGUCCGUCUGAAAGGACAGCAGAUGAUUUAGAGAUCAUCUAUGAAGAGCUGCUGCAUAUUAAGGCUUUAUCCCACCUAUCCACCACUGUGAGUAUAUCCUCUAUCUUAUGUAUCAUAUAAAUGUGCAGACGUAGCUGUACAGUCAACUGUGCCACUUGCGGCAUUUAACAAACAGGAAAGAAAAAGAUGCAAAUAUGCCAUCUGCACACCCAUGCCCUCACAUGUGUUACUUUGAUAAUCAUCCACAAAAAGUACAAGUAUAUAUUUCUGCUUCAGUUCAGUCAGAGUUGAGUCAUGGGGGUAUUCAUAUCUUUUUAAAUGGAUUUUUAACUCGUUCAGUUUCUGGGGGAUCUGUUUUGACAGCAUGAAAACUUGCCCUUUGCAUCUUUAUACCCUCUCUAGUUGCAGCUUGUUCCCGCUUAAGUGAAAAGAGUUUGUGGUGACACAUCUUUUGUCAUUAUAAAUGUGUCUUUUCUGCCCGCACAGGUAAAGAGAGAACUGGCAGGAGUGCUGAUCUUUGAGUCCCACGCAAAGGCAGGAACAGUGUGUGAGUAACAGUGGAUGACUAUUUUAAAAACCUGAUGUGAUGUCUAACAACUUUAUUUGUAAUAUAAUUGCAGACGUAUUCCAACAAAUCCAGAUUUGUCGUAUAUUAGAUUUCCAAAGCUUUAUUUUUCGUCUUUCUCAGUGUUCAGUCAAGGGGAGGAGGGCACAUCAUGGUACAUUAUUCUCAAAGGUUCAGUCAACGUCGUCAUUUAUGGAAAGGUUGGUACUUCUUUGACUCACAACUCAAAAGUGAUUGUGUUGUCUUAUCAGCGCACUGAUGUAUCUACUAAGAUGUGAUCUUUGUCACACAGGGUGUUGUUUGCACUCUUCACGAAGGAGACGACUUUGGAAAGCUCGCUCUCGUCAACGAUGCUCCUCGAGCGGCCUCCAUUGUGCUGCGAGAGGACAACUGUCACUUCCUGAGAGUAGAUAAGGAGGACUUUAACAGGAUUCUGAGGGUGAGUUAGUGUCAAACAUGCACUGAUUCUUCACAGGAAGAAAAGUUACCAAAAACAAACAUAAUAUUGCCCUCUGUUGGCAGAAACCCAGCAAUGCAGCAGUAAAGGAUAGUAAACGUGCCAAGGGAUGAUAAUUCAGAACUCGCACAACUAAACAUGCUGUAGUGUUGUUGUCAGUGAUGUCUUAUAAUUGAAGUUACAGAUAAAAGACAUGUAGAAAUAGUGGACUAUGGAAGAGAAAUUGUCUGAAAUCUCUAUGAAGAAGAAAUAAAAAUAUAUACCUGUAUAAAUACUUACAGUAGUUCUUAUCUUGAUACUUGAAUCACCAUUUUACACUCUCUUCUUAUAGCACUACCAGUCUACAGCUGAGAUCAGAUAACCAACAUAAUCAUGUAGUGUUAAAGUUUGACUGAAGUUGCUAGAGAAUUGUGUGUGCUUGAACAUUGUUCACUUGUAUUCAGUUAAAAGUAGUUUUUCAGUUUUGACAAAGACAGUCACUUGACCUGGCUUUCUUUAAGACUGAAUAAAAUUGACCAUUACUAACCUGUUAGUAACCUUGCUUGAUUUAAAUCAAUCAAAUUAAGUCGAAUCAAGUCAAAAUUUGUUUAUAAAGCACUUUUCAUACAUAGGCUGUAACACAAAGUGCUUUAGAGUCAGUUAAAAAAACGAAAAAACAAAGUCAGUGCAUUUGUGCGUUUACUGCUUACUGAUCAAGUCAUAAUGAGAAUGUGUCAGGUUUUAUGGCAGACAGUUUGCAGUUAGUUGUGGAGGAGGCAGCUUAUAGUUAUAGAUGAGCUUAAAUAGGACUAUAAACAGCCUUUAUAAUUUCCUGUCUGUGCUGCAUGCAUGACCUACUGUGUGUGUUACACUGUAUGUGUGUAUGUAGGAUGUGGAGGCCAACACGGUGCGUCUGAAGGAGCACGGUCAGGAUGUGCUGGUGUUGGAGAAAAGUCUCAGCAGCAGUCGGACCUCCAGGCAUGGAGCCUCGUCCUGCCAUUACAAGUAAAUUUACCCACAAUUCACAGUGCAGUUUAUACACAGCAGAGCUUGACUCAUACACAGGUGUUUUCAGAUUUGGAUCACUGCACAUUUUGUGUUUUCAACCCCAGUUCCCAUGUCCUUUUCAUGAUGAAAAUGUGACUUAGUGAAAACAAAGCCAUUGCAUUUGAACGUUCUUUAAAAGAUUUUUGGAUAUUAACUCACAGAGAGAAAGGUUUCAACAAUUCUUAACGGUUCUUAGUUGGUCUGAACUUUCGAUGAGAUUUGUUUGCAGGAAGAAAACAUAAAAAUAUUCCCAGCCUUGUCCUCAAAAACACUUUAGUGCUUUCUGAAUGCUGGACUCUGUGAUUCAUUGUGAGCAGCAGAAGUAAAUGCUUCCCGACAGUGCAUGCAGCACAAGCGCUGAGAAAUCCUUUGCACCGUUGCCGAGAAGAGUUUCCUUAAUAGAGGCAUCUGUCACUGCACCAUGGCUGCUGUAAUACAGAGAGACAUAUUAAUGGUAAUGAUGGCCCUAGAUCCUAGGGGAAAAACAAGGCCUGGCAAGUCACAAUUACUCGCUCGGGGUCGCCCUCUAAUCAACUCUGCUCCUCACACAUGAGAGUGUCAGGACUGCGUUUUCCCUCCUGAGAGGGGAAGACACAAGCCUGCUUGUGCAGCUCCCUCUCGUGAUGCUGUUAUCAAGUAAUGAAAACAACUGUGGCUGGAUUGUGUUGAUCCUCCUCCACAGAGAGGAUGCCUCUGCAUUUUUAAAACUCUUUUUUUUUUGUACGUGUGUGUCUCCGACAGCUCUUAGCCCAGACUCCUCUUAAUCUUCAGUUUGCCGAGAACUCUAUGAUUGCAGCAAAAGGGUUGUUAUCAAAUGAAGCAAUCACAGACAUGCGUUCAAGUUCAACACAAAUCAGUGGAGGGCCAUAGCCGUGUCAUUAAGCAUUAAGAGCCAGUGUUUCUUGAUUAGUGAAGGGUGUGUUUUAUUCUGUGUUUCUCUAGAUACAAGGUAAUGUCAGGGACCCCAGAGAAGAUUUUGGAGCACCUCCUCGAAAUGAUGCGAUUGGAUUCACAAUUCUCUGAGUCAGGUACUACUGCUGCAUGCAACUUCCAGUACAUCCUAUGAGUGUGGCGUACGAAAAUCUACAUAAGAUCAUUUAUUGUGAAGGGGUUCCUUCUGUGCAGUAAAUUCAUCCUGUCUGUGGCUCAGUCUUUCUCCCCUCUGUCCUCUGCCUGCUGCUCUGCUCUGUUCAUUUGUUCUCAUCUAUAAUUAGACACACAUCACAGAGCUGAUCUAAUUACUCCCGCUUGUGUGGAUACAUAUGGUUUUCAUUUUGCCUGCAGAGGUGACAGACACAGGGCCAUGUGGAUCAAGGCCUAAUGGCUCUGAAGGACUCUAUUUGAUCUGGUGGUUCCGCGGGUGCUUUAUCGGACCUCCUCUCUUGUUUUUUUUCUUAACAGAUGCAGCCUUGGAUGACUUCGUGCUCAUGCACUGCGUCUUCAUCCCAAACACUCAACUAUGUCCAGCGUUAAUGGCCCAAUAUCCUUUCACUGCUGCGUAACCCAAUUUGGUAACAUAUGACUCCACAUGCCGGUACCUUCUGUGCUCUUCCUCUAUUGUUUUGAUCUUUGACUGCUCCGCACCUACCAUGCCCAGGCCUCACAGGGCUCGGAACAGGAGAAGCUGGACUACACCCUCAACAACAAGCGCAGGGUGAUCCGCCUGGUGAUGCAGUGGGCUGCGGUACAUGGAGAUCACCUGCAGGAGGAGGACAUGUCUGUGGCCUUCUUAGAGGUCAGCCUACACAUAGAAGGAACAAUAAAACCACAUUUAUAUCCACUCAUUAAGAGCAUAAAAGUCACAGUGAAUAGGUUUGGUUUUAGGAUUUUUAAGUCUAGUAAGAAACUGUUUCUCCCCUACGUUUGUUACUGAAGAUGUGCCAAGAAAAAACAGUUUUGAGUUUGUUUUAAGUUCUUUAUUCUUUUGAUUUUUGUUUUGGGUAGUGUGAAAUUUAGUCUUGUUUGAUUUUGAGACUGAAAAGACAAAAAAUAAGUUCAAGCUGGGUUUUAUAAAAAGUUUGGCACUAUCAUUUUAAAGGGAUUGUCUUGGUCCAAAUAAAUAGAGAAAUAUAGAUCAGGCAGAUAUAAAACACUAUUUGUUGUAAUACUCAUUUUGGCCACAAGAGGUCAAGGUGUACCACUUCCUUCUGACCCUAAUGCGAUUAAACACAAAUCCGCUCUGCGAGUUUCCAUUUCCACUGUUACUCUAGAUAUAGUGACCUACUUUUUAUGGUGUGAUAAUAAAUUAUCUAGCAUCACUGUCAGGCUUUCCUGUAGCGAUAAAAGAAGUUUAGUACAUUGGCUUAUAGAAACAAGAGCACCUUCAGUCCUCUAAGCAGGGAUUUUCCUCCAACAACAUUAAAACUAUUUUUAACUAUUUAUAUUAUAGAACUAUUUUUGUAUCUAGAAACUGGACAUUUUCAGAGAUGAAAAAAAAUCUAUAUUUUAUUUCUUGUUCUGAACCAAUAAGAAGAAAAAAAUUGGAUCAGUCCUCAAGGGUUAAGACUGAGAGACAAAUAUUGACUAAAUUUAAGCAUUUCUUUCACAUUAGCAUCUGUGAUGUGGCACCAUGUGUUCAACUUGAAUUUAACAUCAGUAACAAACGUAAUCAAGUUUGAUUUAUGUAAUAAUGUUGUGUUUUGUAGGGGUUUCUUGAAGCUGUAUCUAAUGAUGCCAAAGUGAUUCCAGCACUCAGGGAUCAACUGACUGAACUGGAGAAGACUGUCAAACAAAAGUGAGUUUCUAGAGACUCUGAGAAGAAGUGAUUCAAUCUCAGAAAUGUCUCUAUUUUACAAUUUGUACCCACCUUCAUCCUUUGGCAUGUGCACAUUAAUGAAUGAAAUGGUUAGCAAACAAACAUGGAUAAUGUUGUAUUAAACAUUGCUUAUUUUUGUAUGUUUUAGCUCUGAAGACGCCAGAGUCUCACAGAAAAAGGUAAAAAGUGUACUUCUUUAUUUUUCCCUGCAUAAUUAACUUUGUAUAUCUGUUUUGUAGUGUUAAAGAUAUAAUGGUGCCAAAGUCUGUUCUUUUUUUUUUUUUUUUUUCAGCACAAAAUCCUUCUGCGACAGUUCAGUAUGGGAGACGACAAACUUCAAAAACGUCAGCCAAUAAAGAGUCAUGAUGAAAGUGAGUCUGGGACAAGUCCUAACAUGUCAGUGUAUGAUUAGAGGGCGUAUCCCAAACUGUGGAUCAUUUACAGAUUAUUGUUGCUUGGACUGUUGUGACAUAUCCACCCGUAAAUACGACUAUUAUCUUAAGAUCAUUAGAGUUUUAUCACGGAAAAUAACUAAUUCCAGCGACAGGUGUUGUUGAGGGUGCAUUUCCUCUGUUCAAAUAGAGUUUUAUAACCUGUUACUCAGAGACUAUAUGAGGAGUAUGAUGUCAGGAUAUGAUGCAGGACUUUUUGGUUGUGAUACGACUUUGCUGUCUGUUUAAAUAAAUAAUGUCAUAUUUGUGGUAUCUUUUUCCUAGGUUUCUGUCUGCAGUAUCAACCACAAGGAUAUUUAUUUGGAAAUAAAUAAAUAUAAAUAAUAAUACAAAUAUUUGGAAAUAUAAAGCAUUGAUCCAAUAAAUAAGGAAGCUGUUUUGCUUAUGAACCCUCAUUAUGAGGCUGUGGUAAUUUUUCGUAAAUAGAGUAAAACUAUCUAAGAUUUUCUAAGAGAAGCAAAACUCUAAGAAGUUUGGGUAAAGUUGGUUAAUAUUUUAUUUCUAUCUCUGUCCUGUGACAUCCUGUUUUACCCCUUAAAUCUCUUGCAGUAAUCCAAACGUAUCUUGUUUCCAAACACUGCUUCGCCACUCCUUCAUGCUGUGCCGCUGACUGUCCCAUAUUUGUCCUGAUUUAUGCCCCCAGUUUUGCUCAAAGUCUACUGCUGUGACCACACCUACACAACAAUCCGUGUCCCCGUGGUGGCCUCAGUGAAGGAGGUCAUUGGUGCCGUGGCAGACAAGCUGGGGUCAGCUGAGGACCUGCUCCUGGUCAGCCUCAGCUCUGCAGGAGGUGAGAGCGGCAGCAGCUACAUACUAAUCAAAUGAUUGGAGACAAGCAUAAGGGGAGAGCCAGAGCAGGGUACCACAAUGAAUAAUCACAGGAUGAUUUAGUGAGUCAUUAGCUGUCUUUUGCGGUGAGUUAGCAGACUGGUAAUGGCCGCUGUGAUCGAUGUGAAAGAAUGGCCUGAAUAACCCCAGCUAAGCUGACUGCAAGAGGUUUCGGGUAGAAAUAGCUGCUCUUUAUGGUCGUUUUGUUCCUGUGUUUGUGACAGAAAGCCCUACUGCAGUCUUUAAACAUCUACACCUGACCUGCAUUUACCUUAUUACAGACAAAAUAACAAAUACACAACCAUAACCAUCGUCUUUCCUCGAGUUAAUCAUCAUCUCUGGUAUGUAACCUUUGGCAUUACAUGUAAAGAAAAGACUUUGUCUCGUUCUGACAUGAGUAUACUAUCGCAUUUAAAGAUCCAGUUGAGGAGCAGAUGGCACACUAUUUCAAUAUAAUGACAUAUCUUAUCUGGUAAUAACUUUUAUUGUUAUUAAAGCUGGAAUGGGAGCCUUCCAUAUGUUGUGGAGAGACAUUGGCUUAGCCCAAAAUGAACACAUGUUCACUUUGAAAGAUCCACAGCCAUGUAAACAGCAGUGUGAGACUGUAUCUGCAGAUAAGUGAUGCUUUUAGAUAUGUGUUAGCAUCAGUAUCAACAUGUACCCAGUGACUAUGCUGACAGCUCCUUGAGAUUGCGCCUUUAAGAGGAUAUUUUAUGGGUGUUUAAAAGAAAAAGCUCAGGUUUCAUUUAAUUCUUGGUGUGCAAUGUCUUUUUCAUGAAUGAAGAACUUAUUAAACUUGUGUUGUCGUUUUUUUUUUUUUUUUUUUGCAGAGAAAGUCAUCUUCAAGCACAAUGAUGUCUCAGUAUUUUCCACUCUCAGUGUUAAUGGGCGUUUGUUUGCCUGCCGGAGGGAUCAGCUGGAUUCUUUGGUGAGUUUAUCUCUUCCAGGAAUCACACAUUGAUCCUCGACAUGAAGAGGAGGCCCACUGAAGCCCUGUGCAAAGCUGCGCAUUGAUAACAACCUUUUCUUAAAUCUAUGGUUCUUAAAGGCCUCUGUAUAUCAAAUACUUAAAAAUGUCCAUGCUUUUGGUAUUCAUCUAGCAAGUCAAACUUAAUUCAUACUUACAAACAGCUGAACUUGGUGCUCGUGUCUCUCAUUUAGCUCUUUUUUUAGAUCUGUGUCUUUAAGCUUGCACUUACGUAAGAAGAACAUCCAUGCCUUUGUGGCAUCAACAAAGGUGUUUCAAGACAGGAUCAUCAACUAAAAAUCUGUUUUUAUUCAUUUUUUCAGACACCUCUGCCUGAGCAGGAGGGUCCCUCUACAGGGUUACUGGGCAGCUUUGAGUUAAUGAGCUCCAAGGAUGUGGCGUACUUCAUGACUUCCUAUGACUGGGAGCUUUUCAACUGUGUACAUGAAGUAAGGCUGCAAAACCAGAAGUGACUCAUUCUGUGAUGUGUCUGAUAAGAUUUUGAAGAUUAGCAUUUUGCAGCACAUCUAUUUUUAAGUUCUAGCGUUAGUAAGAGUUGAUCUAGUUUACUUUCACUUCAUUUCAUGUUGUGCUUACAAGAUUUCUCUGUUGGGUUUCUUCUUUGGCGUCUAUCAGCUUGAACUCAUCUAUCACACAUUUGGGAGGCAGAAUGUGAAGAAAACCACAGUGAACCUGGACUUGUUCCUGAGGAGGUUUAAUGAGAUUCAGUUCUGGGUGAUCACAGAGAUGUGUCUGUGCUCUCAGUUCAGUAAGAGGGUCCAGCUCCUGAAGAAGUUCAUCAAGAUUGCUGCCCAGUAAGAGGAACUUGCUUGUUCGCUUCCUGUACUUUAUGAUUCAGUCUUUUAAUUGGAUUUGCUGCCAUGACUGUGUCUUGUUUUCUGUCAAAGCUGUAAGGAGUACAGGAACCUGAACGCCUUCUUUGCUGUUGUGAUGGGACUGAGUAAUCCAGCAGUAUGCAGGUUGAAUCAGACCUGGGAGGUGGGUACAUGUAUAGUUUGAUCAUUAUAUGUCCUAAAUUAUAUAUAUAUAUGUAUCCUAGCUGCAAAUUAAUUUGACUCUUUUUAUUUUGCAGAAACUUCCCAGCAAAUUCAAGAAAUUUUACGGGGAAUUUGAAAACUUGAUGGUGAGUCAAAACAGCUCAAACUACACUCAAUUAAAAAUCAGUUUCCUGGCACUGUCAGCCAGUAAAGUGAGGUUUGAAGCCCUGACUGUGAUGGAUCUGUUUACCAAGCAGACGGCAGAUCUCAGAUCAGUGUGAUUGUUUCCACAGGACCCGUCCAGAAACCACCGGGCGUACCGACUCACGAUAGCCAAGCUGGAUCCUCCCAUCAUUCCCUUCAUGCCGCUGCUGAUCAAAGGUCAGGCUGGUUCAUCUGAUAUCUGAUCGUUUAUAAGCUGCUGAAUCACUUUUCCUUAAAAUGUAUUUGUCUUCACUUUUGCUCUGGUUUAUUUUCCAGACAUGACAUUCACUCAUGAGGGCAACAAGACAUUUAUCGACAACCUGGUCAACUUUGAAAAAAUGGUGAGGCUCUGCAGGUUCAGAUAAUUGUCUAUUUUAGCCCCUCAGUGUGUUAAUGAUAUACGUUUUUGAUUAUCACUCUUUAGCGGAUGAUAGCGAACACAGUGAAGAUACUGAGAUACUGCCGAAGCCAACCAUUCAGUAAGUUUUAAUCCUGAAGGUUUUAUUUUCUUGAUAACCAAAGAGUUUAUAUGUAACUACAGUUUCUCUCAGGUUUGAACCCUUUUUCACUCAUCCUUUCUUCUAAAUCAGGUCCAGAUUCUCCUCUGGCGACCAAAAACCAUCCAGAGGGUCGGACUUAUGUGCGUCAGCUUCACGUUAUUGACAACCAAAGGACUCUUACUCAGCUUUCUCAUGAGCUGGAGCCCCGCAGGUCUUGAGAACCACUCAGGGACACAAAUGUUACACUCUGAUGCUGCUUCAUGACAUGACGUGUGUUUGCAUCAGAGUGGAUCAACUCAUGUCAGCACAACAUGGAGGACCUAAAAUCAUGUUAAAUAAUGAGGUGUUGUGUCAGAUGCUGCUGCCUGACUUCUUAAGCCUUUUGUUACAGUCAUUUGUGAUAUUUUAACAACUGUUACUGCUGGUGGAUGAAUUCCUCUCAUAUCACUCUGUUGCAGAUAUCUGCAUCAUCUCAAUGUCAAACAAAAGCAACAACUGCAAAAGUGAGAGAUCUUUGUAGAUCUUGUUUAUCAAACUAACAUUUAAGAUUUAAACACUACGUGAAACUUCCAAAGUGCAAACUUCAUAUUUCUGAUAUUCAGUUGUUUCCUAUCUUUUGUAUUGAGCAGUAUUUAUACAUAUUUAAGUGUGUAAGAGUUUUAUGUGCUGUAAACUGUGAGCAGAUAUUUAUUUUGACCUCAGCAUGCACAGAAUUAUGAUGAUUGUUUGACUUUUUAUUCACGUGAGCACAUUUCUUUGUAAGUAUCAGUAUACAGUUAAGGUCUGAAAACUUUUUUGUGCUGUAAAUAUUAAAUAUUUUAAAUGUU